AUGAAUAAGGCGGAGAAGAGCGAGGAAGAGUUUAGAUCUAGUGAUUGGUCUAAACUUUCCCCUGAUGUUUUGCGAAAUAUCUUUGAAACCUUGAGCCCUCUUGAUUCUCACCGAUCAAAACUCGUUUGCUCAUAUUGGUAUUCCGUCUGGAAAACAUGCGAUAAUCUGCCUCCCUGUCCCCUUCAGAUCAUACACAUCGGUGGUUCUCCGAUCUUGUCUGCACACCAAGACUACAGAAGAGAACCAGACGUAGAAGAUUUACACAAGAACCCUCGCCGGAUUAUACACGAAGAUGGUGGAUCUUCGAGCUGGUCGGAAAAUAGUCACUACCCGAGAAAACUCGCCGGAAAAUUAAGCUGGAGCUCUUGUAUGGCUAGCUACGGGAGUUGGCUCCUGAUGGUUGGUGAUCUUCGUGAACUCCAUCUUUUAAACCUUACAACGUUUGAAAGGAUCAAUCUCCCAACAAUGAAAUUGCCAAUACCUGAUGAUAGGUACCAUCGACCCUGGGAAAAAGAAAAGGUGUCGAAACACGAUCUCGAAUGGAAAAACGCAGCUCUUCUGUGGAUAGACGAGAGGACAGGUGAUUAUUUCAUUGCUUGGGUUUUCAGACAGAGUUACUUGGUCUCACACAUGAAAGGAGACGAUUCAUGGUCGAACUUGAACAUCAAAGGAGGUUUCAUGGAUGCGGCUUACAGGAACAGUAGGCUUUAUGUGUUGACAGCUGAUAAGCACAUCAAUAUUGUCGACUUCUCUUAUAGGUUUCCUAGAAAGUUAAUCAAUCAUAGGUAUCCUCCUUUUCGCUUUGAUGAGAAACCCUGGGAAUACAUUUGGAAGACGAGACUAGCUAUUGAUGAAUCAGGAGAGGUUCUCAUCAUCUUGAGCUUAAAAGAAGUGAAGUACGAAGAGAAGCUUUUGUUUUACGUAUUUAAGAUGAAUCAUGAGAAUUUCAAGUGGGAAAGAGUGUAUUCUAUUGGAGACAAUGAGAUGUUGAUUUUUGGUCAAGGUGUUACGGUAAAAACACCGCUUAAAGAUUGUUUUGGUCAUGGAGUCGAGAGUGGUUCAAUAAAUUUCGUUGAAGAUGAUGUUUGGCCAGAUCAUGAUGAUGAUCAUGGUUCGGUCUGCGGUGUCUUCGAUCUUGCUACAAGUAAAAUCGAAUGGUCUAAGAAAACAUGUUAUUACAUAAGCAGAACUCAAUGGUUUGUUCCUCGCGUUGCUUAUUAUUAG